AUGAGUGAAACACCAAUAGUUCUUGAUCAAGGUACUGGAUUCGUUAAAAUCGGUAGAGCAGGGACUAAUUUCCCCGAUCAUACCUUUCCUUCCAUUGUAGGGAGACCUAUAUUGAGAGCCGAGGAACGUAAUUCCUUAUUACCUAAUGAUAUCGAAAUCAAAGACAUUAUGUGUGGUAGUGAAGCCAGUGAAGUGAGAUCUAUGUUACAAAUCAGUUAUCCUAUGGAAAACGGGAUCAUUAAAAACUGGGAAGACAUGGAACACUUGUGGGAUUAUGCUUUCUACGAAAGAAUGAAAGUCGAUACCACUGGACAAAAAGUAUUAUUAACUGAACCUCCAAUGAAUCCAUUAAAGAAUAGAGAAACUAUGUGUCAAGUUAUGUUUGAAAAAUAUAAUUUUGGCGGUGUUUAUGUAGCUAUCCAAGCAGUCUUAGCAUUAUAUGCCCAAGGUUUAUCAUCAGGGGUAGUUGUUGAUUCCGGAGAUGGUGUUACUCAUAUUGUACCAGUUUAUGAAUCAGUAGUUUUAAAUCAUUUAACCAAAAGAUUAGACGUUGCUGGAAGAGAUGUUACCAGAAAUUUAAUCAACUUAUUGUUAAGAAGAGGUUAUGCUUUUAAUAGAACAGCAGAUUUUGAAACUGUUAGACAAAUUAAAGAAAAAUUAUGUUAUGUUAGUUAUGAUUUACAAUUAGAUACUAAAUUGGCUCAAGAAACCACCACAUUAGUGGAGAAUUAUGAAUUACCUGAUGGAAGAGUUAUCAAAGUUGGUAGUGAAAGAUUUGAAGCUCCUGAAUGUUUAUUCCAACCUCAUUUAGUUGAUGUUGAACAACCAGGUGUGGGUGAAUGUUUAUUUAAUACUAUUCAAUCAGCUGAUGUAGAUGUCAGAUCAUCAUUAUUCAAAGCCAUCGUAUUAUCAGGUGGUUCAUCAAUGUAUCCUGGAUUACCUUCCAGAUUAGAGAAAGAAUUAAAACAAUUAUGGUUAACUAAAGUUUUAAAUGGUGAUGCUUCAAGAUUAGAUAAAUUUAAAGUUAAAAUCGAAGAUCCUCCAAGAAGAAGACAUAUGGUUUUUAUUGGUGGAGCAGUGUUGGCUAAUAUUAUGGCCGAUAAAGAUCAUAUGUGGAUUUCAAAACAAGAAUGGGAAGAACAGGGUCCAAGAGUGUUAGAAAAAUUAGGUCCUCGUCGUUAA